AUGGCUGCCAUUUGGAAUGGAGGCCAGGGAGGGCAGUUCCCUCUCGAGCAAUGGUUCUACGAAAUGCCUCCGGUGACUCGAACAUGGACUGCCUUAGUUGCCGGGACCUCAGUCUUGAUUCAUUGUCAUGUCCUCACCCCGCUCCAACUGUUUUACUCAUUCCGGGCAGUGUAUGUGAAGUCGCAAUAUUGGCGUCUAAUAACAACGUUCCUGUACUUCGGACCGCUUAAUCUAGACCUGCUUUUCCAUGUCUUCUUCCUCCAGCGGUACUCGAGACUCCUGGAGGAAUCAUCUGGCCGAUCCCCUGCCCACUUCGCCUGGUUACUCCUCUACGCCAUGGUGUCGCUCAUAGUCAUAUCGCCCUUUCUCUCACUGCCAUUCCUGGGAACCGCCUUGUCCUCGAGCCUGGUCUAUAUCUGGAGUCGCCGAAACCCGGAAACCAGGCUCAGCUUCCUCGGCGUCUUGGUAUUCACCGCGCCAUAUCUGCCCUGGGUGCUGAUGGCGUUCAGUCUUGUUGUGCAUGGGGUUAUUCCCAAGGAUGAGAUCUGCGGUGUGGUGGUCGGGCAUGUGUGGUACUUCUUCAACGACGUCUAUCCAUCUCUUCAUGGAGGCCACCGUCCCUUUGACCCUCCGGCGUGGUGGGUACGAUUGUUCGACCCGCGGGCAAGGGCUGAGGCGCAAGGUACUGAUGCUACUAAUGUCAAUCAAGAAUUCGUAGCGGCGGCGGCGCCAGAGGUCCGAUGA